UUUUAAACUAGCUUUUUGAGAGGGGCUAUAUAGGAGUGACCAGCUUAAGCUUGUCCAUCCUUGCAUGCCAAUAUAAUUUCUUUUCAUUAUGUUUGGUUGGCGACAUGGGAAGACAUCACAAAUAUCUAAUGCCAUCUCAAUUGUGGAACUCUUGGUGCAUAUGGAUUGUGAAGGAUGUGAAAAGAGGAUUCGCCGAGCAAUUUCAAAAAUAGAUGGUGUGGAUAGCUUGGAAAUAGAUAUGGAUAAGCAAAAGGUGACAGUGACCGGAUAUGUGGAUCAAAGGAAGGUGUUGAAGGUGGUGAGACGAACGGGAAGGAAAGCCGAGUUUUGGCCAUUUCCAUAUGACUCCGAAUACUAUCCCUACGCAUCUCAAUACUUCGACGAGUCAACCUACUCGUCAUCGUAUAACUACUACAUGCACGGCUAUAAUGAAGCUGUUCGUGGAUAUUUCCCUGACCCUCUGUAUUCGACUGUUUCUGAUCAAACUGUUCAUCUUUUCAGUGAUGACAAUGUUCAUGCAUAUUGCACCGUUAUGUAAUCCAGUCCACCAUCGAGUGCGCUGUUUUGCUGUGCGCAUCGUCGGCUCUUCAUUCCAGCCAAUACUAGUUUAGGCAUGUAGUAUGUUUAAUGUUCCCGACCAUAAAUGAAUCUGUAAUUAAAAACAAACAAUUAACAUGUAAUUGUUUUAGCAAAACUGAAAUUGGGAGAAAAUUGAGUUGUACUUUCAUUGAUAAUAGGGGUUUCUUUA